AACGAACGCAACAAUGGCGACCUAAAGAACUGGCGUGCGCUUUUUCAUUCAAUAUAAUUUGACACCCCGAUUAGUGUUUACGCUAUCUGGAUACGUAUAUUGAUGAAGUUAAUGUUCGUUGGUGUUAAAAUAAAUUAUGUGACUAAUAGGAAAACAUAAAUAGAAAGUAAGAGGCUAGUAAAUUGUCUCUGAUAAAAGUUAGUUUUAAUCUUACCACAAGAAUUCAUGGUGUUGGCCUUUGGUGAAAAAACGCAUAAGCUAUGUUUACUACCAUAUCGCACAAACUUUAACGCACUGUGGUGCUCAUACGGCAUGGUAAAAUAGGGGAAGAGAACGAAGGAGAUGAGCCACAAUAUUGCAGGCAUGCCACCCUUCGCGAGGAUGCCUUUGGGGGGUAUGGGAAUGGGUGUGAGCAUGGGUCCAAGUAACCCGCAUCCUGAAAAUUCUGCUCACCCUCAUCCUCCACCACCACCACCUGCCGGUGCGAAUCCUAAGAAAAAAAGGCGUACCAAUGCCAAUGUAGCACAACCACCCCCGCAACAACCUCCAUCUGCACAGGAUUUAUUACCACCACCUUUAAGUGGUUAUGGGGAUACGAUAGUAGCAAGUAAUCCGUUUGACGAUACGCCACCACAAACUACUCAGAGUCCAAUGAUGCAUGGUGGUCCACCGCAUAUGCAUCCCCACCAUCCUCAUCAUAUGGGUGGACCGCCAAUGCGUGGUAUGAGUCCUCUUACUUCUAUCGGUGGUAUGAGUCCUAUGAUGCAGCAUAAUAUGGGUAGUAUGAGUCCGAUGGGUAAUUCACCUAUGACAAAUCAUAUGAACCAUAUGGGUGGUAUGUCCCCUAUGAAUCAUGCGCCUAUAGGCGGUAUAAGUCCUAUGAAUAAUAUGGGACCAAAUAUGCCGCCUGGUCCUAUGAAUUCCAUGAACAAUCAUAUGAAUAUGAGUCAUAUGGGAAAUUCUCAAUUAAGUGGCCCACCUAUGGGUAGUCCGAUGAAUAAUAUGAACAGCGGGCCUAUGGGUAGUCCUAUGAAUAAUAUGGGACAUAGUAUGGGAAGUCCUAUGGGAGGUCCAUUGGGUUCGCCGAUGAACACUAUGGGUGGAUCGAAUCAUAUGCAAAAUGGACCAAUGAACAUGAACAAUAUGAAUAGUCAUCUACCACCUAAUAGUCCUUUAAAUGGUCCAUCUAUAAACAAUGUCAAUGUCAAUAGUCCAUUAGGACAUAAUGGAUCUCAACCACAUCCAAAUCAUAUGGGAAAUAAUCUUAGUAAUAUAGGAAGACCUAUGAAUGGUCCCAUGACCACCAUGAGUUCCAUGGUCUCUAAUAAUAUGAAUAUGAGUGGGCCAAGUCAAAUGAACAAUAUUAAUAUGGGUGGACCACCAAUGAAUAGCAUGUCUAAUAUGAAUAUGAGCCAUCACAAUCAAAUGGGUCAUAUGCAAGGACCAAUGGGUACUAUUUCUAGCAAUAUAGGAGGCGGCCCGCCUAUGGGUCAUGCUAUCAAUAUGGGAGGAUCUAUGCCGCCUCAUGGAUUUCAAGGGCCGCCAGGAAUGGGUCCUAAACCAAUGCCUGUCUCUGCAGGAAAAAUAUAUCCUCCGGAUCAAGCUAUGGUAUUUAACCCACAAAAUCCUAAUGCACCGCCAAUUUAUCCCUGUGGAGUUUGCCAUAAAGAAGUACACGACAACGAUCAAGCUAUUCCUUGUGAAUCUGGUUGUAAUUUUUGGUUUCACAGAGUAUGCACAGGAUUAUCAGAGACAGCCUAUCAACUAUUAACUGCUGAAAUUUAUGCCGAGUGGGUGUGUGAUAAGUGCUUGCAAUCGAAAAGCAUACCUUUGGUUAAGUUUAAACCAUAACACUUCUUGACCCGUCGUAUAUGCGACGCACGAGUGACUCUUUGUUAGCGUUUACACUUUGUACAUGCACACACAUACAUGUGCGAUUGCACACAUACACACAUAUAUACAAUACACACAAAUACACGAAAUACAUAAAAUACAUACAUACAGUAAACGUCGUCUACUGAUGCAGACGUUAAGUCCUGCAUAAAUAUAAACAUACGCUGUUUGUUAAUAACUUAGCUUUAACUUGUUGAAAAUAUUAGGGAAAGUGGAUUCUACAAACUUUUGAAACGAAAUCACAUCGAAAGUUUAUAGAAAUCAAAAAAGGAAGGAAAGAAGUAAAGAAAAAAAAUUAUUUUACAACCAAUUAAAGAUGAAUUUGGAAUUUUAAUAUCUGUUUCAUAAGUUAAUUUGACUAUAUAUAUAUAUAUAAUUUUUUUUUUUUAUUUUAAUUUAUAUUAUUUUAAUAAAAUUCAUUGAAAUCUUUUAAAUAAAAGAAUACAGCUGUUUUAUAACGAUUUGACAUGCUUAUACGUAUAUAUAUUCUAUAUACGUACAUAUAAAGAAGUAAAAUGAAUUUCAGAUUUAAGAAACGUGAUAAAAAUAAUGAAUUAUUAAAGUGAACAUUUUUUAUCAUUGAGGCCCUUGAAACCCUCUCUUCUAACAGCCAAUUAUAAAAUAUUACGUUUUCAAAUGAAAUGUUAUCUAAAUGCAUAAUAUAAGAAUUUAUAAUCACAGCAGUUACGAUACAAAUACAAUGAUUGUUUGUAAAGCGAAAACGAAAAAUGAAAAAAAAAAUUUUUAUUACUAACAACGGGUACUGCAUUAUUUUUAGCAAAUGUAUGCAUUACUGUAGGUAAACUGUUGUCCUGUGUUUAUAACAAUUG